ACCGAUCCGGGAAUAUACACCUGUAUUACCAUCUACAUUCUACGCACGAAAAAUCUCUUGGCAGUAACAAGCGACAAGUUGCAGGAGGGAGAAGAAGCAAAAGGAAAUCUCGAAAGUGACAACUAAAUCCAGUUCGCUCUCAACUCUCAUCUCUCAACUCUAAGACAGACAGACACACAUCAAUGAUUGGGUAGAAUUACUGAGAAGCCAGACAUGUCAUGCAACUGUGAUACAGAAAUCCCACCUCUUCCUCCUCAAUCUGAAUCUCAACCAUCCCAAGAUCAACAACAAUCUUCAUCUCCAGAACCACCGAUCUUGGCCACAUCUCCGCCGCCGGAGCUAGAAUUCCCAAUCGAAUGGCCCCCCGAAGGGAACCUCAGCCUGGAGUGGGUCCAGAAUCUCAUGUCCGUCUUCGACUGGUCUUCAAGAAAUCUAACCCCGACCCAAUUCCAAGAGGUUCUUCCCGUCAAGGUUUUCGAUACCUUGGUUCUUACAGCCUCCAAGAUCCUCCACAAAGAACCCAACUGCGUCAUGAUCGACGACUGCAGCCCUGACUCCACCGUCGUCGUCAUCGGCGACGUCCACGGCCAGCUGCACGACGUUCUUUUUCUGUUAAAAGAUGCCGGGUACCCGUCGGAGAAUAGAAUCUUCGUCUUCAAUGGAGACUAUGUUGACAGAGGAGCUUGGGGUCUUGAGACUUUCUUGGUUUUGCUGGCGUGGAAGGUUCUGAUGCCUACGAGGGUGUAUCUUCUGAGAGGUAAUCAUGAAUCCAAGUACUGUACUUCUGUUUAUGGAUUCGAGAAUGAAGUGUUGGUUAAGUAUAGAGAUGAGCAUGGUAAAGAUAGAGUAGGGAAACAUGUGUAUAGGAAAUGCUUGGGUUGCUUUGAAGGGCUUCCUCUUGCGUCUAUUAUAAAUGGGAGUGUUUAUACUGCUCAUGGAGGGCUGUUCCGCAGCAUUGCGGUGACGCCUGUUAAGAGGCCAAAGGGGAAGAAGAAUAGAAAGAUAGUUAUGAAUUCGGAGACGAGUUCUUUGGUUUUGGGGUCUUUGGAGGAGUUGUCUAAGGCUAGAAGAUCGGUUCUUGAUCCUCCUUGGGAAGGUUUGAACUUGAUUCCGGGGGACGUGCUGUGGUCGGAUCCUUCGAUGAAGCCUGGCCUUGCUCCGAAUAAAGUUAGAGGCAUUGGUCUCAUUUGGGGACCUGAUUGCACUGAGGACUUUCUUAAGAAGUUUCAGCUCAAGUUGAUUAUCAGAUCGCAUGAAGGCCCUGAUGCGCGUGAAAAGAGGCCAGGUCUUGGAGGCAUGGAUCAAGGGUACACCAUUGAUCAUGUCGUGGAGUCAGGGAAGCUCAUUACUUUAUUUAGUGCUCCAGAUUACCCACAAUUUCAGGGUACCGAGGAGAGGCAUAGAAAUAAAGGGGCUUACAUUGUUCUGGAACCCCCUAAUUUUGAUCAUCCUGUAUUUCAUAGUUUUGAAGCAAUUGCUCCAAGACCACAGGUAAAAGCAUACUAUGAUUAUGAAGAAGCAAUUGAUUCUGAUGAGGAGUUGGACAUGGCAUCAAUGGCAACCAGCCCCUGAAGGUCCAUCAUCAGUUGGUGUUCAUAGCAAAUUUACAUUGUCUUGAUUUUGUUGUGUGAAUCUCUUUCUUUGUGAGUAAUUUUUUGAUCAAAUGUGAAUACUAUCAUUGGUAGUAUAACACAAUUCUUGUAGCUACUUUUGCUGUCUUCAAUUCUUUAGUGCAGUACCAUCAAGUUAGCUUGGUCAUUUG